CAGCGCAGAUGAGCCCCAAUGAGCAGCAGCCGGGUCCUCUUUCAAACACACACACUAUGCUUCAUAUCCCACACACACAAAUGCCAGGACACUCAUACACAUGCAAUCCAGUAACGAGAGCACCAAUAGUCCGAGCUGCCUGCCGCUGCCGGUGGCAGCCCUCACCGCUUCACCGAGACACAAAGCUGGGAGCCCGACGGGAGAGGAGCUCCUGCUGCCUGUGUAGCACGAACGGAGAGGAGAGGGGAGAACUGAGGACUUCAUUUUGGAGGCGGUAGAUAAUUCAGCAGCAGUGCUGGGAAGACGGAGGCAGAGGGGAGGGAAGGUGAGUGAAUGCAGUCCAGUCCAGCUGCUGUUGCUGCCGCUGCUGCUGGAGGAGGAAGAGGAGGAGGAGGAGGAGGAGGAGGAGGAGGAAGCUCAGCGUCUGGAGAGGCUGAAGAACCAACAUUAUCCUGCACUGACCCAGUCAGAGCGGACGACCAGCUGUGAUCAGAGCACCUCCAGGCUUGCAGAUGUGGAAGGAGCGCCGCUCAAGUUCUAGUCCUGGAUUUGCAUGUGUGCUUGGUUCUGGAUGAAGAGAGGCAUGGAACGGGAGAAUAGGAGCCUGGAUUUCCAGGAUCCUGAUUCCAAGUGUCUGGCCCAGUGAUCCGACCCCAGAAAGGAGAAGGAGAAAGUAGAAGAAAGGAGGGCCAUGGGUGUGAGCCUGGGCCAGGAUGUGGGCUGGCUCCUGCCUUUCUUGUUCUUGCUAGUGAUGAUCAUGGUGUCACCCACUCAGAGCCAAGGAUGUCCCCAGCGCUGCGAGUGCAUUUCAAAGCUCAAGACUGUGUCCUGUCAUGGUAAACGCCUCUCCACACUGCCAGAUGGCAUCCCACCGGACACCAAGAUCCUGGACCUAAGUGGGAAUAAACUUCGCUGGGUAGAGCAUGGUGACCUGCAUCCAUAUCCACGUCUUGAAAAGCUGGACCUGAGUGAGAACAUGAUCAGUGUCCUGGAACCGAACGCUUUUUCUGGUCUCCAGAAUCUGCAGUCACUUUCACUGAGGGGUAACCAACUGAAGCUGGUCCCCAUGGGGGCUUUCUCACGUCUCUCCAACCUAACUUCAUUGGACCUUAGUGGGAAUAAGAUUGUAAUUCUUCUGGACUUUACUUUCCAAGAUCUGAAAAGUCUAAGGAACCUGGAAGUUGGAGACAAUGAUCUGGUUUAUAUCUCUAACAAGGCCUUUUUGGGUCUCGUGGGGCUGAGGGAGCUGACCAUUGAGAGGUGCAACCUGACCUCUGUGUCCAGCCAGUCUUUGUCUUACCUGCAUAACCUGGUGACUCUACAGCUCCGCUACCUCAGUAUCUCCGCCCUAGAGGACCAGAACUUCCGUAAGCUGGGAAACCUGAGGGGCCUAGAGAUCGAUCACUGGCCCUUUUUGGAGUACAUUUCCCCUCACAGCCUGCAGGGACUUAACUUGUCUUGGCUGUCAAUUACGCACACCAACAUCACCUCUGUACCCACCUCGGCCCUACGAAGUCUGGCUCACCUCACGAGUCUCAACCUCUCCUACAACCCUAUUUCUAUCUUGGAGUCCUGGGCGCUGAGGGACCUUGUUAGGCUGAAGGAGCUGCAUCUGGUCAACACCAACCUGGUGAUGGUGCAGCCAUAUGCACUGGGCGGUCUAAGGCAAAUCCGCCUCCUUAACCUCUCCACUAACAGCCUGGUGACCUUGGAGGAGGGAGCUUUUCAGUCUGUCAACACUCUGGAGACGCUGCGUUUGGAUGGAAACCCUCUGGCCUGUGAUUGCCGCUUGCUCUGGAUCCUCCAGCGCAGGAAGACACUAAAUUUUGACGGUGCUGCCCCAAUGUGCAUGACGCCUGUCGAGGUGCAGGGGCGGGCUCUUAACGCUUUCUCUGACUCAGCUCUCUUUGACCACUUUACUUGCCAGAAGCCCAAAAUCCGCAACAGGAAACUGCAGCAAAUAUCUGCCCGUGAGGGGCAGGUAGUGUCAUUUAUUUGCAAAGCAGAGGGUGAGCCAACACCAGUGAUAUUCUGGAUCUCUCCUCAGCGCCGCCGCAUCACCACAAAGAGCAGUGGACGUCUUACUGUGUUACCAGAAGGCACACUAGAAAUACGGUACGCCCAGGUAACAGAUAGUGGAACUUACAUCUGUAUUGCCAGCAAUGCUGGUGGAAAUGACACCUAUUUUGCCACACUUACAGUAAGUGGGCUGCCACUAGACGCAGCCCUUAUGGCCAACCGUACCUACUACGCUGGGGACCUUAAUGACACAAAUCUGAAUGAUACCAGAGUCUUUUUGAAGUUCACUCUGGACCUCAAGACCAUCCUCAUAUCCACAGCAAUGGGCUGUAUCAUGUUCCUGGGGGUCGUUCUCUUCUGUUUCAUUCUGCUGUUUGUGUGGAGUCGUGGGAGAGGACAGCACAAAAACAAUUUCUCAGUGGAAUAUUCUUUCAGAAAGGUGGAUGGACCCGCUGCCAGUGGAGGACAGGGUGGGGCACGCAAGUUCAACAUGAAAAUGAUUUGAUUAUUAGGGACUAUUAUUCUUAUUAGUAUUUAUUCCCCCAAUACUGUUUACAAGCAGUUACAGUCUAUGACAUAAAAGGACAUAAAACAUUGGAAUGGGCCUUUGUGCUCGAAAAACAUCAAAAACGAUUAUUUAUAGGACGUUUUAUUGAGACAUGGUUUUGUUAUUGAAACACUACUGUAUGUAUGAGAAAAGGGAAAUAUGUAUAAAUUUGAUAUAUUUCUACUGCUCUUUAUUGUGUGUUUACAUUAUUGUGCAGAGGAAAUCUGAAUUAUUGUGAAAGAUGUCUCAAAACCUUGAAUAGACUGUUAAAAGACCAAGCAACAAAAGCACUCAGUCCCACCAGUCUUUAACUUCUACAAAGUUCUUGCCAACUCCAUCUUUCAUCACUUCAAGGAACUCUGCCCCCUUCAUAAAGGACUUCACCUCUCUGCUCCAUCUGCAACAAUUCAAGCUCCAAACUCAUGAAUACAUAACAACAGGGUGGUGCUCAAUGAAUGCCAAGGACUUGCCAAUAUGUAUUUGAAUAGUUCCAGCUAUAUACUGCAUAUUUAGACUCAUUUACAGUCAGGACUUCAGAGCACUAUUAUGACAGUUUGACAUAAAUAUAGAGGCUCUGCUCGAUGACCUUUUUUGCUGAUGGUGGAUUUGUACAGAGUACAUUAGACACCGAAAGACUCUGCAACACUGCCAACUUGACCAUAAAGCACCAUGUAAUAUCAGUGUCAACGCGAAGCUGAGUGAGAGAGAAGUUACUUCUCAUUGGACACCACAGACAGUUGGUCAAAGCUGAUUUAAACAAAAAUGGGACUUCUACAGGUUAAGCUACAAUUAAAGGACCCAAUGCACAGUCGUGUGGUGACAAAUGGUUGUCUAUUAAGGGCACACUGUACAAUACUCUUACCCUUUUGAUCUGAAAAUACUGUAUGUUAAAGAUAAACGCAUGUACAGAGUUGGCUUCUUACUUUGAAUAACUUGUAGUAUUUGUAAAUUGAACUUGCUGAAGCGAUCAUACUGUAUAGGUAGGACAUAUACUGUAUAAGAUGUAUUAUAUAUUUUGUAAUUAUUGACAUGGAAAUCCUUGUGGUUGUUUAUAGUACUGUUGAGUGAUCAAUCAGAUUUUACUGUUCUACUGUAAUUCUGCUGUUAAAGUCUCUUUUUUCCAAAUCAGUAAUAUCCAUUCCAGUGAUAAACAGAGCUUUUACAGUCUCACCGUAUCAUCAUACCAUCAGAUAGAUAUUGCACUGAGACAAGACCACUCCCUGAGCUCUCACAGCAAAUCACAAAGGGCAUUUACGUCAGGUUUCAGUUCACUUGCCUAUUUUUGGCUGUAAGUGACAGGGGGGAUGCUUGGCUGACCAGUGGGGGGAAAAGUUAAAUGGGUUCUCAUUGGGACCUUGAUGUGUUUUGAGACAUGCUGGGAAAAAUUCUAAUUUGAUAAAGACCUUGCAGACUGGAACAAAGGUCAUAAUGAAAAGGAGGCAGAGAGGAGACGGAGUUGAGCUAUUCUAGGACGACUUAAGUGCUGUAUGACAAAGGGCUGGAUGCUAACUUUUAAAAAUAUAAGCUGCAUAACAUUGUGUAAUAGCUGAUUCAGAAUUAAGAUAUAAACAUUUAAUAUGGGUUCAAGAAAUUAUCCAAUGUUUUACCAUGACUAACAGGGUUUCUGUAUUUCCUCAUACAAAAUACUGUUUUUUCUAGAAAGAAUGUAUAACAAUGUUUUUUUGUUCCAGAUGUUGAGUUGUUGAGGACAACAUUCAUGCACAUGUGUCAGUUUUGGUUUUUGCAUAACAUCAAUCUUAGUUUAAACUGUACCAAAACAAGUCAAUCAAUAGUAAAUGGGAGAAUCAAAUCCAGUUUUCCUCAUAACUUAAGACAUACUUUGGGGAGGGAGAGGAGACAGAUUAACUGCUCAUACUAAUCUAACCUCAGGGCAUAUCCCUUCAUCUGUGGGUUUAGCCUUGGGAACCAGUACCACCAGCUCAGAAAUGAGCUCUCCCUGUUAAGCUUCAACUACUGCACUCCUAACAAUGUUAUUCUGCUGCCAUCUGUGGGUUAUAAAUGGUACUGAAUUUGACACUAUUACUAGAGUAAGAGAGGGUUAGACCUCAUUGAUCUUUACACUUAAUGGGUAACGAGACACUAAAUCAUUUUUAUGCUGUAAAAAUAAUCACACAGGCUUAUGCUGGCAUAUGAUGUCAAUCCAGGUGAGUAAGUAUUAGAAAAUGAUCCAGUAGUAUUAGUGGUGAAAAUUAAGUUCAUGUUACCUCUAAGCGACAACUUAUAAAGUUACCUUUACUCACACAACAAAUUCCUUCUGAUUGGUUACAACAAACAGUAAGAAUUGCAGAAAGAGUCUCAUAUCACCUCAUUUAGUGUGUGUGUUCACCAACAUACACACUGCACAACACAUUAAACAAACUAAAUUCAUAAAUUGAGAUAUGGUGUGUUAAUAAUGUUAAUAAUGAAUUGUGAAUAUGUUCAGGGACUGAUUUGACAUCAGUUAAGCUUCCUCUCUGCAUUCAGAAUUAAUGGUAUUUUACGUCGUCCUUUGCUGAAUUCAUCCUAUAAAUAUGAAAACCAUUGUGUCUGAAACUGUUUUGUAUUGUAUUGUUUUAUAAAAAUGAAGCACACUGUUUAUAAAGCAUGCUAUAUUAUCUGCUAUGAUGAUGUCUUGUCCCCUGUCCCAUUUUUAUAGCAGUCAUCUGGUCUUUCAAUCCUAUUCGUGGCAGUCCAAGAAUCUACAACACACCUGUGACCCCAUCACUGUGAAAUUUACUGUUUCAUUUUACUUUAAUGUACAUUUCUAGGAGUUUGUCCAAUUUGAAUCAGUCCAGUCAGGUGGAUGGAUGUGAUAUCUACACUACUCAUAAAGAUAUACAGUUUAGAAGAAACCACUUCCUGUCAUGAUUUACUUUUGAUAUAGGCAGCUCACUUCAUAUACAGUAUGAGGAGGGUUAUUAUUCUUCAUUUAUACAUGC